CUUGCUUGAUUUCUGUUGUUGUCGAGGAGUUGACAGUGUUUCCGAGUACCUAGUGCUCUUGUUGAUGCCGCUGUCGAUUACCUCGAACCAGAAAUUAUUGUCGAUCAAUCUAACAGCAGCUUGACUGCGCCAUCUUUUGCCUUCGCCAAACCUCUUGCAGGUUUGGCCUUGUUGGCAGUCUUGGUGCUUGCUGUGUGCUGGAAGUAUGGAAUGUCUGGACGAAUAUCUGAUGAACUGGAAGAAUGCAUGGAAAGCGAACGAAUGGAUGAGUAUGAUAGUGAGGAUGACGAUAAAAUGAAUAUGAGCGACAUUGAGGAUGAUGAUGAUGAUGAAACUGAUGUAUGUGACAGCGAGGAAGAUGAUGAUGAUGAAACUGAUGUAUGUAACAGCGAGGAAGAUGGUGAAAUAAAUAUCAGCGAAAGUGAAGAUGAUGAUCAAACUGGUAUGAAUGAGAGUGAAGAACACCUUGAAACUGAUAUAAGCGAGAGUGAGAAUGAACAACUGGAAACUGAUGUGAGCAGAGUGUCUAGACUUGAAGACAGUCUAGAACUGGAAGAUCUGGAAGGCGGCAAGGAGGAACUGGAUGAGACCCCCGAAACUGAACAACUGGAAAGCACUUUGGAGGAAGGAGACCUGACCAGACUACAUCAAGAACAGCCAGAUGUAGAAAUGCAGAGAUUACAAGAAUCCCUGAAAAAGAGUCAGAUUAACGACACUAGAAUGGAACAGUUCUUGCAGGAAGCAGAAAAGACAAUCCAGCGCAUUCAACGUGAAUUUGAAGGCAAAGAUAUUUUGCUGGAAAAGAAGGCAGACGACACAGCAGCGAUGAGUGUCUGCCGUCAAAAAGAACAAGUUCACGACUUGGAGCUGGCUCUAGACCGAGGAGAGACGACAGACAUCUUUAAUAAAGAACUGAAGAAACAAAUAGCGUCUCUAGGGAAGAAGAAAAGGGACGAAGACGAGAGGGAAAUGGAAAGGCUCUUUCAGAAGGAGAUGGUCGACAAAGAAAGAGAACUGCAGAGAGCCAAAGAGAAAGAAACUGAACUGAGCCUCAGACUUGAAAAGAUAGAAACUUUCAAUCAAAUUCUCGACGCAGAGAAUGAAGAUCUGAUGAGGCUCGUAGUAGACUACAGGGAGGCCUUAGAACAGAAGGAGAGGGAAGUCGACCAUCUGCAAGAAUUACUGGCACGUCAAGCAACAGAGUCUGAGAACGACCAACAGAAACUGAGGACUCUGGAAAUGCAAAUGACGGCCAUUGAAGGCACUGUACAAGAAAUGGAAAACCAACUGAUGGACGUUAAAGACAACCAGGAAGCUCUCCGAGGAAAACUCAAGCUCACUGAAUCGGAAAACUCUAGACUUAGGGAGGUAGCAGCUGACGUAAAAGAUAGAAAUUGUGAGCUUGAGAAAAACCUAACAGACGAGACCCAGAAGAACUUGGUACUAGAAGAUCAAGUUCAGUUGCUAGAAUCAGCUUUGCGUCAAAAAGAAUCUCAGUUGGUCUCUACAUCAGAAAUUCUAAGUGCAGAAAAAGCAAAAACUGAGAUUAUGGCCGAAGAGCUAGAAGUGAUGAGGAACUGGGUCACAGAACUAGGAGGAGAGAAGGAAAAGUGUAAAGAAGAGUUAGCAACAAAAGCAGAAGAAGUGACUUCACUGCAGAAAGAGUUAGACAAUGAGAAGAAGUUGACCCAAGUUCUGGCUGCAGAAGCUCAGGUUAUGAAGAACUGGGUUGCAGAACUAGGAGGAGAGAAGGAAAAGUGUAAAGAAGAGUUAGCAACAAAAGAAUCAGAAGUGACUUCACUGCAGAAAGAGUUAGACAAUGAGAAGAAGUUGACACAAGUUCUGGCUGCAGAAGCCCAAGUUAUGAAGAACUGGGUCGCAGAACUAGGAGGAGAGAACGCCAUGCUUCAGGAUGAGGUAAACAGAAACCACUCGAAAAUAAAUUCACUUUUGAAAUCUUUAAGGAAGGAGAAACAGAGGAGCAGAAAUCUCCAGGAUGCUCUCCAACAUGGGAAGGAGAUGGAAAACUUGUUGAGAGAAGAAAAGAAGAGAGGAAAUGAGAUGGCGGCUUCCCUGAGAACCUUCAAAGUAGAGCUCAAUAACAGGGACCUCCAAAUUGAAAACCUCCUAAACAUGAAAAGGAAAUUGAUAUGUGAAAAAGAAGAACUUUUGGAGGAACUAGGCGUUGCUCUCAAUCACAGCAAGGAACUGGACAGCUUGCUGGAGGAGGCAGGCAAGCAGGCGAUAAAACUCACAAACGAUUUCGAGGAAGAGGUCCAGAAAAGGGAGGACCAAAUGAAAGAUUUCUUAGGCAAGGAGGAACAACUCAGAGUUGAAAAGCUAGAGUUGGUAGACAGAUUAGAAAAUGCUGUCAAUCUUCUGAUUAAAGAAGAGAGGGAAAAUGUACAUUGGCAGCAAAUGUUACAGGAAAAGGAAAAAGAAGUACAGACGCUGAGGAUAGAUGAAAAAGACCAUCAAGAACAGAGGAAGAAGAUGGAGAACAAACUGCAGGAAGGUGAAAAAAAGCUGCAGCAACUUAGAACGGAAUGUGAAAAUCUGAAAGAAAAUUGGAGGAUACAAGAGGAAAAUAUGAUCAGGGAACAACAGCGUCUCAUGGAGCGCCAUAGGAGACAGGAAGAGGCUCUGAGGGAACAGGACAAAUACAUGCUAAUGACUCUUCUCCAUGGGACAGCUCAGAGGAACUUCCAUCUGCAGCACAUUGCACUGCAGCAUGGAACUGAAACUCUGGACAGCAUCAAUGAAAAGGAGAAGCAAGAUGAGGACCUGUGGUUGAGGAAGGAGAAACAACACAGGAAAUAUUGCGAUGCCCAGCAGGAGAGGACAAACUACCCGAAACAGUGGGACGUCCUAACUCAGACGUUGACGGAACUCACCCGUGGAGAUUCUGACAAGAACUGUGAAAUUUCCAGCAGAAAACCAGAUGACAAAACUUGUCAUCAAAGCAGUGAAGAUUGAGGCCCCUCAGAGCCGAGACUCCCGAGGAAAAGGAGGACUAAGCCAGCUGGAAGACCCACCUAAAAGGACAGCAUGAGUGAGUCACGGACUGACUCGACGACCAUGGGACUGAGCGCACAUCUUCAGCAGCG